ACCAUCACUGAAGUGUUAGUCAAGUUACCUAAAACUGCUACCAAGUUUUUUUCUUCUUCAUAUUUUUUCUUAACACAGCAAUUCUCUCAAUAGCUGUGAGACUUGGAGCUGAAGUUUCAAGCUGCCAUGGCGUUUUCAUACAGCAGAGGAACUGCUAUAACGUUCUUGGUUCUCAUCUUCACUUCGAUUUCUUGUAUAAUUAACAUACCAACUGCAGAAGCUCGAAUUCGCCGCUAUAAAUGGGAAGCGAAAUAUGAAUAUAAAUCUCCGGAUUGCUAUAAGAAGUUGGUUAUAACUAUUAAUGGCAGAACUCCAGGACCAACAAUCUUGGCUCAGCAGAAUGAUACAGUUAUAGUUGAAGUUAAAAAUAGUUUGAUGACUGAAAAUCUUGCAAUUCAUUGGCAUGGGAUUAGACAGAUUGGAAGUCCUUGGUUUGAUGGGACCGAAGGAGUUACUCAAUGCCCUAUUGUUCCUGGAGAUACCUUCAUAUAUCAGUUUGUUGUUGACAGGCCCGGAACAUAUUUGUAUCAUGCCCACUACGGAAUGCAAAGAGAAGCAGGGCUAUACGGAUCCAUCCGAGUAUCUUUACCAGACGGACAAUCGGAGCCAUUCGCCUACGAUUAUGAUAGGAGCAUCAUCCUGAAUGACUGGUAUCACAAAAGUGUAUAUGAACAAGCCACUGGAUUGGCUUCUGUUCCCUUUUCUUGGGUUAAUGAACCUCAGUCACUUCUGAUACAAGGAAAAGGUCUAUUCAACUGCUCUACACCAGGAAUUCAAGCUGGACUUUGCAAUUCUACAACUCCUGAAUGCUUUCCUUAUGUUAUGACUGUAGUGCCUGCAAAAACGUACCGCCUCAGGAUUUCUAGCUUGACUGCCUUAUCAGCUCUCAGUUUCCAAAUUCAGGGACACAAUAUGACUGUUGUAGAAGCAGAUGGGCACUAUGUUAAACCAUUUGUAGUCAAAAAUCUGUUCAUCUACUCUGGAGAAACAUACUCAGUUCUAAUAAAAACAGACCAAAAUCCAUCAACAAAUUACUGGAUGACUACAGAUGUUGUCAGCAGAAAACCCGGAACUUCACAAGGUCUAGCCAUUCUCAACUACUACCCAAACCAUCCUCGACGACCACCACCAACACCCCCACCAUCAGGCCCACUAUGGAACCUCACCGAGCCACGGCUCGCUCAAAGUCUAGCCAUUAAGGCUCACCCUGAUCACAUCCAUCCACCUCCUUUGACUGCUCACCGAACCAUCAUAAUGCUCAAUACACAGAAUAGAGUCAAUGAUCAUGUAAGAUGGUCAAUCAACAAUGUCUCAUUCAAUCUGCCACACACGCCUUAUCUCAUAUCAUUGAAGCAUAAUUUAUCAGGUGUGCAUACCCGAAUUCCGCCUCCUACGGGUUAUAACUUGAAGAACUAUGAUAUUUACAGUGUUCAAGACAACAAGAAUGCUACUAUUAGUGAUCAUUCUGUUUAUAAGCUGGAGUUUAAUACAACAGUCGAUGUGAUUCUACAAAACGCGAACUCUAUGAGUAAUAAUACGAGUGAAACGCAUCCGUGGCAUCUUCACGGGCAUGAUUUUUGGGUUCUUGGAUAUGGUAAAGGUAAAUUUGAGAUGGAAAAUGAUACGAGAACGUAUAAUUUGGUGGAUCCUAUAAUGAAGAACACGGUACCGGUGCAUCCUUAUGGAUGGACAGCAUUGAGAUUUAAGAGUGAUAAUCCAGGAGUUUGGCUAUUUCAUUGUCAUAUUGAGUCUCAUUUCUUUAUGGGAAUGGGAGUUGUGUUUGAAGAAGGGAUUGAUAGGAUUGGGAAAUUGCCUUCUUCUAUUAUGGGUUGUGGUGAAACUAAAGAUAUUAUUCACAAGCCUUAGUUUUUAUCAAAUUAUGCCAUAUUUAGUGUCUGUUUGUUUAUAAUAUAGAUAAUUCUUUUGUAGAAUGUUCAAUUGGGGCAAUUCUUUUCAGCUGUACUAAAUUUAUUGUGGAUGAAAUUCAUAAUUUAAGAAUGUAAGAAUGUUUGUAACAGUGGAAAUUCUCAUUUGUGCAAAAACAAUUAUCAUUUGUA